AUGUCGGCCAAGAACAUGCCGCUGGCCAUCCCGCUGGGGCUGGCACACCCGCACGGCGCAGAGGAAAGAGAAUUCCAGCACUCGGCGCAGCCUUGGUAUAGACGGUCUCUGGACCACUGCGCCGAAGCCUUCUCCAAGCCCGGGUUCGUCAAGCGAACCAUCGAGAGGCGGGCCGACGAGCUGCAAAGGCUCCGCAAGUCAAGGGGCAUCAAAGGCAUCCCAACAAUCCACGGGCGGGACUUUAACGCCGUCCUUGACAAGCACCAUCUCGUCAACAAGCCGUAUAAUGAGAGCACGCCGGCCUCGGAGCUGUUUGCGGAUUCCGGGGCGUGCAUGCUGACGCCCGAGCAGACCGAAGGCCCUCUAUAUGUCAAGGGCGAACAAGUCCGCAGAGAAGUGACCGAGGGCGAGAGCGGCGUCAAGAUGACCAUCGACAUUCAGGUCGUGGACGUCAGGACUUGCGAGCCCAUCGCCAACACUGCCGUUGACUUUUGGAGCGCCAACUCGACUGGCGUCUACGGAGGUGUCCUCAACUACCCCGGCAACGGCAGCCCCAACGACCUGUCCCUCAUAAACACCACCACCCUUCGCGGGGUUCAGUUCACCGACAACGAGGGCAUGGCGGCAUUCGACGCCGUCGUUCCGGGUCACUAUGCGGGAAGGACCAACCACAUUCACGCAGUCGCCCAUAUCGGCGCCACCAAACAGCCCAACAACACCAUCACCGGCGGCAGGGUCGCACAUAUCGGCCAGAUGUACUUUGACCAGAAGCUCCUGGACGCCGUCAAGGAGCUGGCGCCGUACUCGACCAACAACCAGGCCGUCACCGAGAACGCGCAGGACAGGCUGAUGAGGACGGCCUCCGACACGGAUGACCCGGUCGUGCGCUACGCACUGGUCGGCCGCACCCUGGCCGACGGCAUAUAUGUCUGGAUCCGCUUCGGCGUCGACGCCGACGCCAAACGCCCGCUGAACCCGGCGGCGUGGAUCGACGAGAACGGCGGGCACCAGAGCAACCCCAACCCGGGGGUGCCGACGCUCCCUGUCUGGCCCGGGCGGUCGAAGAAGAGACAGAAAGGUGACUGGGGAGGUGCGGCUGUGGAACAUGCGCCAGAGUCGUAG